AUGAAUACCAAAAAUGUCACGAGGGAGGAAAAGAAGAAAGAGAAGGAGCUGAACGAGGCCAGGAAGGCCGGCAAAAUCGAAGCCCUGAAGGACGAAGAGGGGAACGACAUAAACCCCCACAUGCCCCAGUACAUCAUAAAAGCCCCGUGGUAUCUGAACCAGACCAAACCAGGACUGAAACACCAACGGUACAAGGGCACCGACAAGGUGAAAAUAGAAGAGGAAAGAAACAAAAGGGUGUAUGUGAAGAAUCUGAAGCAUGUGUCCGAUUUUUGUAAAAACUGCGGAAGUGCAACACACAAGGAGAAGGACUGCCUUGAGAGAACGAGGAAGAAGAAGCUUAACUUUGCCAAGAGAGACGACGAGGAAGACUAUGUGUGCCUGACGCAGGAUCUGGGUUACGACGGGAAUAGGGACAGGUGGGUGGGUUACAAUGCGGAUAACUUUGAACAUGUGUACAAGGAAUAUGAGAAGAUCGUGGAGGAGAAAAAGAAGAGGAAGGCGGAGGAGCUGAAGCAGAAGUACGAGAGGAAGGCCACGACGGGGAAGAAGCGGCGCGGAGAGGAAGCAGGUGGAGGGGAUGGCAGGAAUGAAGCAGGUGGAGGGGAGGCUAAUGACCAAUCUGGCAGCGACAGCGAGAACGAGGAAGAUGACGCGGGCUUGGAGGACGACGCGGACUUGGAGGAUGACGCGCCCAAGGCCGCCAGCGGGGCGAAUGACCCACAAAAGAGCAACGCGAAGGGAAGCGAAAAACACAGAAAUGUCGCGAGAAAUUUAAGAAUCAGAGAAGAUACAGCCAAGUAUCUCUACAACCUAAGCUUGAAUUCAGCUUUCUACGAUCCGAAAAGUAGAAGCAUGAGAGAAGAUCCAUUUGCAACCACAAGAAAAAAUCUCCCAGAAGACAGCAACCAUUAUAAAGGAGAAAAUUAUUACAAUAAUACAGAUGAAGCAAUAGAAUCAAAAAAAUUAGAAAUAUUUGCAUGGGAAACCUACAAAAGGGGAGAAAACGUGCACUUUAAUGCACAGCCUACUCAACUUGAAUUGCUGUAUAGGGAGUUUUUAGCUAAAAAAAAAAAAUUGAUUAAAAAAAAAGAAGAACAUAUUUUAAAAACGUACAAGUGUGAAAAUGUUGUGUGUAAGGAUGGAGCUUUAGGGGAGGAACUCAGUCAGUCGGAGAUCUACACAGAAUAUAAACCGGUGGAUCAAAUCGAUCCCAAGGUGAAAAGGAUAAAAAUUUUGAGUAGGUACGAGGAGGAUGUUCACCUCUUUGAGCACUCCUCCGUCUUUGGCAGUUACUAUGACAGGGAAAAAAAGAAAUGGGGGUACCG